CACUUUACGGCACGCACGUGUUUCCUGCGGUCUUCCGUGCCCUUCACUUCAUCCCAUCGCAUCCACCGGCGAUCAUUGAGUAAAUCUGCAGUAAAUCAUGGUGAAACUGAGUAAAGAGAGUAAACAGCGGCUGCAGCGGGUGUUCCAGUGCGGACAGUUCGUGAUCCGCUGGGGUUUCAUCCCCACCGUGCUCUAUCUGGGAUUCAAGCGGGGAGCUGAUCCAGGGAUGCCUGAACCCACAGUCCUGAGUUUGCUUUGGGGGUGAAGAUGUUCCUGACGGACACUACAGACUCAAUGAAGCAGCAAAUGCUCAUCCAUCUUUACAUGUUUGGACUCUGACUGCUGGGAUCUGAACAUUGUGCUGGGAUGUAAAUAUUACAGUCACGUCCACCAUUUUAAGACUUUUGCUAUCAUGUUGUCUUGAGAAACACACAGUAAUGUGUCUGAGUUUUCUGUUUUUUUUUAUUUAAUCAAAUUAUAUCAAUGUAAAUGGUGAAAGAAAGUGUUUGUGUUCAGUUUCCAAUAAACGCAAACAAGUGUCAUACGAA